AAAACGCGCGCCUCGGGUCCUAACGCGUCUCACGGUGACAGUGUAGUGAGUGAGUGUUGUGCUUUCAUAAUCGGAUGCGACAAUCGAAAACGCCGUCUACAUGCACCGCCGUUGCAUCAAAACAAUACUCAAAAUGCCAUAGUUCAUAGUCCUAUGAAGAAGUCCAAGUAAUGAAAUCAGUGAUACAACUAUGAAUAUAGACGAAAAAGUGUCUGGGCCCGGCGGGGCGUCCCAGAAAAACUGGACUCAUUUGAAUACUAGUGAUGAAUUGCCAUUGGAUAUGCGGUUUAAUCAUGGUCAUUUAGUGUCCAUAACGGUGUAUAGUGUGUUGAUGGUGAUAUCGGCGACGGGGAACCUCACAGUGCUGUCACAGUUGAUGAAGAGAAGGCGGGCGGGGCGCGCGAGCAGACUUGACGUACUGUUAAUGCAUUUAGCUGUAGCCGACCUUAUGGUCACGUUCCUGAUGAUGCCUCUGGAGAUCGCUUGGGCGGGCACCGUGCAGUGGCUGGCCGGAGACACCAUGUGCAGGGUCAUGAUGUUCACCAGAACCUUCGGCCUCUACCUAUCCAGCUUCGUGCUCAUCUGCAUAUCUAUAGAUAGGUACUACGCGAUCCUGAAGCCCUUGAACGUGACGUGGGAGGCUCGGGUGCGGCGCGCGCUCACCAUCGCCUGGGCGGGCGCGGGGCUCGCCAGUCUGCCGCAGAGCUUCAUAUUCCACCAGGAGGAGCAUCCUGAGGUCAAAGGAUACUUCCAAUGCGUGUCAUACGGGUCCCUGCCCACGGAGACGCAUGAAUUCGCGUAUUUCCUCGUCAAUAUGCUGCUUAUGUACGUCGCACCACUCAUAGCCACGCUCUACUGCUCCUCCGCCGCGCUACUCGAAAUCAUCAGACGAGCCAACACCGCCAAUGAUCGGAUGCGCAGGAGUGGCGUGGGCAUCCUGGGCCGAGCCCGCGCCAGGACGCUAAAGAUGACUAUCACCAUAGUUUUAGUGUUCUUCACGUGUUGGUCUCCUUACUACUGCUAUUGUUUGUGGUUUUGGAUAGACAAAGACACAUUGAGGAACCUGGACCCUGCGCUGCAGAAAGCCAUGUGGCUGUUCUCCUGCACUAACUCCUGCGCCAACCCCAUCGUGUACGGGGUCUUCAACAGGAACCGGUGGUCCUGGGGGUCAGGGAACAACGGAAGGUGCCGUGGCGGCAGUGCUCGAAGAGGUUCCCGAAUGCCAUUUUACGGUGAAUCCAUGGAAAUUUCAGCAGCAACCCUCGCCAGGGCCAGGAGUUCCCUCGGCGAGAGAAACGGGCGACGGGACUCCGCGCACGAUGCGAGUGCGCAAAAUGGAACGCAAAAACAUUUGAACAGUCUUAACAAUAACCACGUGGGUAACGGAAUGGUGUAGUGUCGUGCAUUUUACGGUUUUCCGGUUAAAGUCCAACACUAGUGGUUUCUUUGUGGCCAGUGUCUUUUUAGUACAAAAAUGUUCAAAGUGUCUGCCCUGAAUACACGUUUGUGGCCCAACGUACGUAGAUAUUUAAGCUUAAGUUAAGAAUUUAAUUUUAAGAUUGAAUGUUUUUAAUA